AGUCCCGUUCGGUUUAGUGUUCAACUGCCACUCCCGAGAAGCAGACGUAGAUAACUCUUCGUUUAUCAGCCCAUAACCGGCCCCCGAGCGGAAGACAGACAGAAAAAUCAUUCCAAAAUGCAACUGUUCGACAACGUGAACGAAGGCGUCUACCGGACGUACGUCUUCUGGUCGUCGGUCCUGGUCGUCAAAAUGCUGGUCAUGUCGGUUCUGACCGGAAUGCAGCGCUUCAAGAAGAAGGCAUUUGUCAACCCGGAAGAUAUCGCGUCGAAUCCCAAGUUGAAGCUCAAAACUGAUGAUCCAGAUGUGGAACGCGUUCGUCGUGCCCACCUGAACGAUCUGGAGAACAUUCUGCCAUACUUUGUGAUCGGCUUCUUCUACAUCCUGACCAAUCCGGAUCCCGUGAUUGCGGCGAACCUGUUCCGUACCGUGGCUGUGUCCCGCAUCGCGCACACGCUGGUCUACGCCGUGGUUGUCAUUCCACAGCCGGCCCGUGCCAUCGCCUGGCUCAUUCCAUACGCAACCAGUUUCUACAUGGCCUUCAAAACGAUUGUGUUUUUCUUGUAAGCGGGGUGGUGCCUUCCAGCAGACAUUAUUUUUAAGGUUCCAUGGUGUUGUAAGUGGUAGAUUUUAGGAUGCGUGAAGAUCACAAAGAUUUGACAUUUCUGUCGAUAAAAUUUUGAAUCACAAAUCACUCAGGUUGAGAUUUAGUUGUAAUGAAUAAAAAUGAAACAAUUUUGAA